AUGUCUCACAUCCCCACGCAAAGUGGCGUCGCCUGGAACGAGAUGACAGUGAUCAAGGUCAAUCGAGCAAUGGAGAUUGCCUUUGAGAAUGAUCUUCCACUCAUAUCCCUUGUUCAAUCGGCUGGUGUUUUCCUCCCUCAGCAGUUCCGCGUGUUUCACAAGGGCGGGCAGCUGUUUCGUGACCUUGCGAUCCGGACACAACAUGGAAAGCCCUCAUGCGCCAUUGUCUUCGGCUCAUCUACAGCCGGUGGCGCAUAUCACCCCGCUCUUUCGGAUUACACAAUAUUUGUCGACAAGCAGGCGCAAGUUUUCCUGGGCGGUCCGCCCUUGGUGAAGAUGGCUACGGGGGAGAUUAUAGAUGCUGAGCAGCUUGGUGGCGCGAGUAUCCAUGCGUCUCUCACUGGUCUCGCAGAUAGCAUUGCUGAAGACGAGUUUGACGCUAUUCAGAAGGCGCGUCAGUGGUGCGCGAUCCUACGCGACCCGAGCCCAUCGCAUCUUGAACCUGCUGCGUCAGAGCUCCCUUUGUACCCAGCGGAUGACAUCCUAUCUCUGGUAGACCCCGAUAUACGGAGACCGUUUGACAUGCGUGAAGUCCUUCUUCGUGUCAUCGACGGCUCAAGGCUACUUGCGUUUAAACCCAAGUAUGGCGUAAACAUGCUAACCGCCUGGGCCCAUAUUCAUGGGUUCCGCGUUGGCAUUGUCGCCAACCAGACCCCAGUCAUUAACCCGAACGAAGCUCUCAAAACGGCUCAAUUUAUUCGCCUUUGUAAUCAGGAGCUUCUCCCAAUAAUCUUUUUCCACAAUGUCACCGGCUUCAUGGUCGGGUCGAAGGCUGAACACCAAGGAAUCAUUAAAGCUGGCGCUCAGCUAGUCUCAGCCGUUAGCUGCUCCAAGGUACCUCACAUCAGCAUCAUCAUGGGCGCAUCGUAUGGGGCAGGGAACUACGCCAUGUGCGGACGCUCCUACCGCCCGCGGUUCUUGUUCACAUGGCCCACUGGAAUAUGCGGCGUCAUGGGACCAGAUCAGCUUGCAGGUGUGAUGGAAACUAUAAAGGCGAAGUCUAUGAAGUCGGCAUGGUUACCGGAAGAAGCGGCGGCGCAGGGCCAGAAGCUACGGGAGGAGGCACAUCGUGACGCUGAGUGCUACGCUACAAGUUCGGCACUCCUUGACGAUGGGAUAAUAGACCCACGGGACACUAGGGACGUUCUCGGCAUGUGUCUGGAAGUUGUUAGAAUUCCAACUGCCCAGGAUGUACAGAGUGCCCUCCUUGCAGAGGCAAUGGCGCGAGAUCUGUUUGUUGCAGAUGUUCCGUUCGACAGCGAAGCAACUUGCCGCAGGCUCAACAUUACAGCUAUCGUUGUUUAUACGCACGAGGAUACUCUGUCCCGUCACGUCUCAGACGCGGACGAGUCGAUCUGCAUAGGCAGCAUCCAGCACGAUGCAACGAAUCCAUUCCUCAACAUUGAGCUCCUUGUGAAGACCGCCUUGGCUGCCGGGGCGCAGGCAAUUCACCCUGGGUACGGCUACCUAAGCGAGAACGCAGAUUUCUCUGAUCGUGUACGAAAAGCUGGCUUGUUAUUUGUUGGCCCGACAGGAACAGCCAUGUCGACGCUUGGUGACAAGCGUAGCUCCAAGGCUUACCUCCGGGCGAGGGCCCCUGAUGUUCCCCUUAUACCGGGCUUCGAAGGCUCUAGUCAGGAUGUGGCGGACCUCGAGGAGGCAGCCGUUCGCAUGGGAUUUCCUGUCAUGCUCAAAGCGUCGGCUGGGGGCGGUGGCAAGGGCAUGCGCGUCGUUCGAGAACAGACUCAACUCCGUGGUGAGCUGGAGCGGGCACAAUCGGAAGCGCAACGCUCUUUUGGUUCCAGCGACGUCAUACUGGAAAAGUUUAUCGAAUACAGCAAGCACGUCGAAGUACAGAUUAUCGGUGACCAGCAUGGUCAUAUCCUUCCCCUUUUCGAGCGCGACUGCUCCGUCCAACGCCGCAAUCAAAAGGUGAUUGAGGAGACACCGUGUCUCUACUUGAGCCAAGAUACUAAGCAGCGCAUGAUAGACGCUGCUGUCCGCAUUGUCAAGCUCAUCGGCUACGAAAAUGCAGGGACAGUCGAAUUCGUCCUGGAUACAACGACAAUGCAGUUUUAUUUCUUAGAAGUCAACACCCGGCUCCAGGUAGAGCAUCCGAUCACUGAAGAAGUUGUCGGCGUGGAUCUCGUGGCACUGCAGCUAUACGUGGCCGCUGGUGGUCGUCUCUUGGACCUCCCACAAUUGAGCAGUCUAGAGCCGAAGGGACACGCAAUCGAAUGUCGCUUGUGCGCGGAAGACCCCCAAUGCGACUUUUUCCCAGACCACGGCAAAAUUCUGAUCUGGCGCCCGGGGUCAUCACCAGACAACAAGGCCAACUCUGUAGUCCGCUACGAGACGGCGGUGCGCAGUGGAGCAACGGUAUCUAUCUAUUUCGACUCCAUGAUUUGCAAGGUCAUUGUAUGGGCGCCCACGAGGGCUCUCGCCAUCAGCUUGAUGAUAAAAGAGCUUUCUGAGACAGCCUGUAUCGGAGUCAAGACCAAUCAGCGUUUUCUCCAGGACUGUCUCUUGCAUCCUGCCUUCCGCGAUCCAGGCUACAAGACGUCUUUCAUCCCAGCCCAUCUCAGUGAAUUGCUGGGAAGUUCGUCUCAUUCAGGAGUUCCGGCCCGGAUUUCACUCUUGCCUAGCGUAUACCUGAGGAUGCUGCGAGAUCAGGCCACUGCCUUCCGUGGGAUCAACAGACAAUUUCGCAAUCAGUGCUUCGAUCCCUUAGGUUCGGGGAGCGAAAUAAUUACCUUGAAGUAUGCUUCCAAGUCUCCUCGUGGAACGUCUUCUGAUACUAUUCGCUGCGAUGUUUUGAUUAGACGUCCAAGCUCUGGCGCCCACCCAUCCGACGGGAGUCGUGUCUGCCUCCUGCCAGUUCCAACAAAAAAGGAUGAAGGAAAGGGGACGAGCGCCGACUAUGAUGCCCUUAGCCAAAUCCUGCGCAAGGUCGAAUCGCUGCCAGGACCCGCUUUCACCGUAUCCAAUGUUCAACUUGAGCGGCUGGACCUAUCGUCCACAGAGCAAUCUUCCUCCAUCUUGGAGUUUUAUGUAGAUGGACGGAAAGUUCGAGCAUAUCUCGCAACCUCAAAACAGGAAAAGACUCAUAAGAAAUCAGGACCAACCCAAGACGACAAGGUCCGUAUCCUCGCCCAUAUCCCCCAGCUUGGUGAAUGGUUCGAGUUCACCCGCUACACCUUGCUGUCCUUCUUUGUCGAACAACGCCGAUCCCUUGCCGCGGAAAAGGGCAAAGGCUCCAAAGACAUUAAAUCCCCCAUGCCAUGCAAGGUCUUGAGUAUCAACGUUGGCGUGGGUGACGAGGUGAAGGCAGGUGACAUUGUCAUGGUUGUUGAGAGCAUGAAGAUGGAGAUUACCAUUGCCGCCGAGUUGCCAGGCAAAUUCCAGACGAGAUGGAAAGAAGGAGACGCUGUCAGUGAGGGGCAGGUGCUCUGCUUCGUGGAAUGA